AUGUCGGUGGAAGCUAAGAAAGCAGUUCCAAAGGAAGUGAUGAGUUCCAGCAAUUCGUUACUGAAGCCAAGGCAUCAAUUCAUCCGUGCACCGAUACCACAUUUUCUUCCUGGCUCACUGAGCGGUCCGGCUGCAGCUGCUGCGGCCGCAGCUGCUGCAAGCUACACACUAGCUGCGACAACAUCGCCUGUGACAGCCCGGCAACCUAGUGCGUAUGCAUAUCUACCGGGAUAUUAUCUGCCUCCAGGUGAGUGUCCGCUCUCGCAACCGCUCCCGGUGUUCUUGUCAUCCACCGCGCUGCUACCCCCGUACGCGAACAUGAUCUCCAUGUCCUGA